GUUGUUGCGAAACAAAUAGUGCAAUUAUUUAGCAGAAUUUCGAUCUAUAUUCUAUUUUAAUUGAAAACGGAGAGAAGUCCUUCUCAUGGGCACUAGUGAAGGCCGGAAAGAACUUGAUAGAUACUCCACUCAAUGUAUUUCUCCUGCAGCAAAUCGAUUUUCACCAUCACAGCUCUUCUAAGUCGACGGUUGAAUUCACAACAGACAAAGAUUAUAUAUGCUCAGCGAUCGAUCGGUUCGUUUGCUAAAUCCAAGAUGACUGCGGGCGAGACAAUUUCCCAAAAACUAUCACCCAAGAAGCCAGAGCAAAUGGAGCCAAUUCUGCGCUUGAACAACAUCGAGAAAUCGCAGCAGGACACCCGCGACUAUCGUGGCCUUCAAUUGGAAAAUGGCCUCAAAGUGCUGCUCAUCAGUGAUCCAAACACCGAUGUGUCAGCGGCUGCCCUCUCCGUUCAAGUAGGCCACAUGUCUGACCCACAAAAUCUUCCCGGUCUGGCUCACUUCUGCGAGCACAUGCUGUUCCUGGGCACCGAGAAGUAUCCGCACGAGAAUGGCUACACGACGUACCUCUCGCAGAGCGGUGGCAGCAGCAACGCCGCCACCUAUCCCCUCAUGACGAAAUACCACUUUCACGUGGCACCUGACAAGCUGGACGGAGCCCUGGAUCGCUUUGCCCAGUUCUUUAUUGCUCCACUGUUCACGCCCAGUGCCACAGAGCGUGAGAUCAAUGCUGUCAAUUCGGAGCAUGAGAAGAACUUGCCCAGCGAUCUGUGGCGCAUUAAACAGGUGCAUCGGCACCUGGCCAAGCCGGAUCAUGCGUAUAGCAAGUUCGGUAGCGGCAACAAGUCGACGCUCUCCGAAAUACCCAAAUCCAUGAACAUUGAUGUGCGCGAUGAAUUGCUUAAAUUCCACAAAGAGUGGUACUCUGCCAACAUUAUGUGCCUGGCUGUCAUUGGAAAAGAAUCCCUGAACGAACUGGAGAGCAUGGUCAUGGAGAAAUUCUCCGAAAUUGAGAACAAAAACGUGGAUGUGCCGGAAUGGCCACGUCACCCGUAUGGCGAGGAUCGUUACGGACAAAAGGUGAAAAUCGUACCCAUCAAAGAUGUUCGCUCGUUGACGAUGAGCUUCACCACAGACGAUCUAACAAAGUUCUACAAAUCGGGCCCCGACAACUAUUUGACGCACCUCAUCGGCCACGAGGGCAAGGGCAGCAUAUUGUCUGAGCUGCGACGUCUCGGUUGGUGCAAUGAUCUUAUGGCCGGCCAUCAGAACACCCAGAAUGGCUUUGGGUUCUUUGACAUUGUGGUGGACCUGACACAGGAGGGCCUGGAGCACGUGGAUGAUAUUGUUAAUAUAAUAUUUCAGUAUUUGCGCAUGCUGCGCGAAGAGGGACCCAAGAAGUGGAUAUUUGACGAGUGCGUCAAGCUAAAUGAAAUGCGCUUUCGCUUCAAGGAAAAGGAACAGCCAGAGAACUUGGUCACGCAUGCCGUGUCCUCCAUGCAGAUAUUUCCACUGGAAGAAGUUCUCAUUGCACCCUAUUUGAGCAACGAAUGGCGACCAGACUUGAUUAGCGGCCUGCUGGAUGAGUUGAUACCCUCCAAAAGUCGCAUUGUAAUUGUUAGCCAAAGCUUUGAGCCAACCUGUGACCAGGCAGAGCCGUACUACAAAACCAAGUAUGGGCUGGAGCGCAUACCCACGGACAUUGUGCAGAGCUGGGAAAAGUGUGAUCUGAAUGAGAACCUGAAACUGUCACUGCCAAACAGCUUUAUACCAACAAAUUUCGAUAUUGCCGAUGUGCCCAGCGAUGGACCCAAACAUCCGACCAUCAUACUGGACACACCCAUACUGCGCGUGUGGCACAAGCAGGACAAUCAGUUCAACAAGCCCAAGGCAUGCAUGCGGUUCGACAUGUCCAAUCCGAUUGCCUCCCUCGAUCCACUCAAUUGCAAUCUAAACCAUAUGAUGGUUAUGCUCCUGAAGGAUCAACUAAAUGAGUAUCUGUACGAUGCAGAGUUGGCAAAUUUAAAGCUGAAUGUUGUGGGCAAGUCAGGUGGCAUUGAUUUCACAAUUCAUGGCUUCAGUGACAAGCAAGUGGUGCUGCUGGAGAAACUGUUGGAUCACUUAUUUGAUUUUCGUGUGGAUGAGAAACGUUUCGAUAUAUUGAAGGAGGAAUAUGUGCGUUCAUUGAAAAACUUUAAGGCCGAGCAACCGUAUCAGCAUUCCAUCUACUAUUUAGCUUUGCUUUUAACCGAAAAUGCUUGGGCAAAUGUGGAGCUAUUGGACGCUAUGGAACUUGUUACCUUUGAUCGAGUCAAUAACUUUGCCAAAGAGUUCUUCCAACGCCUGCACACAGAGUGCUUUAUUUUUGGUAAUGUGACCAAGCAGCAUGCCACCGAGGUGGCUGGUCGCGUCAACACACGCGUGGAGGCCACCAAUGCCUCUAAGCUACCCAUUCUUGCCCGUCAGAUGCUCAAGAAGCGCGAGUAUAAGCUUUUAGCUGGCGACAGCUAUCUUUUUGAAAAGGAGAACGAGUACCACAAGAGCUCCUGCACGCAGCUCUACCUGCAAUGUGGCGCACAAACGGAUCACACAAACAUUAUGGUUAAUCUAGUCUCCCAGGUGCUGUCCGAGCCCUGCUACGACUGUCUGCGCACCAAGGAACAGCUCGGCUAUAUUGUCUUUAGUGGCGUACGCAAAGUAAACGGCGCCAAUGGUAUACGCAUCAUUGUGCAGUCCGCUAAGCAUCCGACAUUUGUCGAAGAUCGCAUCGAGAACUUCCUGCAGACGUAUCUGCAAGCAAUUGAGGAUAUGCCUUUGGAUGAGUUCGAGCGACACAAAGAGGCGCUGGCCGUCAAGAAGCUGGAGAAACCGAAGACCAUAUUCCAGCAAUUUAAUCAGUUCUAUGGGGAAAUAGCCAUGCAAACGUAUCACUUUGAGCGUGAAGAGGCUGAGGUUGCCAUCCUCCGCAAGAUCACAAAGUCCGACUUUGUGGAUUAUUUCAAGAAAUUCAUAGCCAAGGACGGCGGCGAGCGUCGCGUUCUGUCCGUGCACAUUGUGUCCAAGCAACCGGAGGACAACGCAACCGAGUCCAAGGAGGAAGAGCCACUGGAAAUCACAAAUAUGGACCGUCACAAGAGCAUCAGCGACAUUGUGGCCUUCAAGUCGUGCAAGGAGCUAUAUCCGAUUGCGUUGCCAUUCCUCGACAUCAAGGCCAAGGGUGCACGCAGUAAAUUGUAAACUUCUUCAAUAAUAUAUAUAAAGUAGAGUAUGUGGUUUUGGUCUCUCUUUGACUUAAUAACUCAACCGAAUAAACACAUUUUAUUUCGUCACUCACAAAUACAAUAUAAUCUGUA